ACAUAUAUGGUCUGACCAAUUCUAUUCCUGGCCAUGAAAUCAUCAACUAUGAGGAGUGUACCUGCAGUGGUGGCUGUGGCCGCAGCACUGGCUAUGGCGGCGACGCUGCUUCUGUCGUCAGAGGCGGCGAUUUCGUGCAGCGACGUCAUAAAGGACCUGAGGCCGUGCGUGAGCUACCUCCAGAAUGGGUCGGGGAAGCCGCCACCGGCGUGCUGCACGGGCGCCUCCACACUAGCGUCAGCGGCGUCGAGCUCGGCAGACAAGAAGGCAGCGUGCAGCUGCAUCAAAUCCGCAGCGCAGCAAAUCAGCAUAAAGCCCGACUUGGCAAAGGCCCUGCCUGGAAAUUGCGGCAUCAGCUUGCCUUUCACCGUUUCACCCAACGUGGAUUGCUCUAAGAUUGGUUGAAUGACUGAAGUUUCGAAGCCGCCCGGGGAAUUCUCUCAUAUGAUCACUGCCUAGCUCUUGUUUCAUUUAAUAAAGUGAUUUAUAAUAUGUGUGUAUACACAUGGCUAGGUAUGGCUGUUUGUGUUGUUGAGAUAAUGUUUUAAGGCUGCAUUUAUACCAUUUGAUACAUAUGUAAUGAGAAUGUUAUGCUGCUUUCUAUAAUAGUAGUUUAAAUGAUUUCAUUCUA